AUGCAGCUUCUUUCACUCCUCGCUGUUGGCGGCCUCACGGCUAGCGUUUCUGCACGAAGCGCUCGAUCUGUCGGCAAGAAGACGGAACUUCCUCGUCCUCGUCUGACUGUCCCCGAGACCAGUCUUCGCCCUCACAAGCGUCAGACCACUCAGAUAAUCACCACUGAGGCAUCCAAGGCAUUCGCUGUCAACGGAACUGCGGGAGCGAUUCCCGACGUCGAUUUCGACAUUGGCGAGUCCUACGCUGGUCUUUUGCCCAUCAGUGACGCCGCCAACGAGACCUCCGAACUGUACUUCUGGUUCUUCCCAUCCGAGAACCCAGACGCAGAUGACGAGAUUACUAUCUGGCUGAACGGUGGCCCAGGUUGCUCUUCUCUAGAGGGAUUCCUCCAAGAGAAUGGACCAAUCUCCUGGCAAUACGGCAGUGGCCCCGCAGCCGUAUACAACCCCUGGAACUGGGCCAACCUCACCAACAUGGUCUGGGUUGAACAGCCCGUAGGAACCGGAUUCACCCAAGGAAACGCUACCGCUACCUCCCAGGAGGAGACCGCCGAGGAGUUCCUCGGCUUCUUCAAGAACUUUGUCGACACAUUCGGUCUGCAGAACCGCAAGGUGUACAUCACUGGCGAGUCGUACGCCGGACGCUACGUCCCUUACAUCGCCGAUGCCAUGUUGAGCAAGAACGACUCCUGCUACUACGACGUCAAGGGCAUCAUGUUCUACGACCCCAGUGUAGCCGAGGACGUCCUGCUAGAGGACAUCCCAGCUGUCCCCUUCGUCGACCAAUGGGCCGGUCUCUUCAACUUCAACCAGACCUUCAUGGACGACAUCCACAACCGCUCCGAGGCCUGCGGCUACACUGAGUACAUGGAGAAGUACCUUACUUUCCCUCCUCCCAGCAAGCUCCCGUACCCCGAGAAGGACGCCCAGACCGAAGGCUGCGGGCUGUGGGAAGACAUCUACAACGCCGUCUUCUACACCAACCCUUGCUUCGACGUCUACGCCAUCGCCACCACCUGCCCUCUCCUCUGGGAUGUUCUCGGUUUCCCCGGUUCUUUCGACUACCUCCCUCCCAACACCGAGAUCUACUUCAACCGUACCGAGGUCCAGAAGGCCAUUAACGCGCCUAUCCAGCCCUGGGCUGAGUGCUCCAACGGCGUCCUUGACACCGACUCGUCUCCCCAGUCGUCCUGGGAAGUUAUCCCCCGCGUCAUCGACGCCCUAGACCGCACCGUCAUCGCACACGGCGAGCUCGACUACAUCCUGCUCUACAACGGUACUCUUAUGGCUAUCCAGAACAUGACUUGGGGCGGCAUGCAAGGUUUCCAGAACCCGCCUGUCGAUGACUUUUACGUCCCUUACCACGACGACUUGAGCCUUACCAGUUUGAGCGCCAAGGGCCUCAUGGGCAAGACUAUCACUGAGAGGAAAUUGACGUACGUCCAGCAGGCUCUGAGUGGACACAUGGUACCCCAGUACCAGCCCAGCAGCGCGUACCGCCAGCUUGAAUUCUUGCUUGGACGUAUUGAGAGCUUGACCAGCCGGGAGCCUUUCACCACGCUGCCCAAGAUCCCACAGAGCAACGAUACUAGUGUUGUGUCUAGGGAUUUGGGAUCCAUGGGUGGAGACUUCAAGAAGUGGUUCUAG